AUGACAAACUACAUAACAAUCAACAAUGCAAGACUCGCCUAUGACAUCUCAGGCCCAGACGAUGGUCCUUUAAUAAUAACCCUGCACGGCGGCCGCGGGUUCGGCGACCAUAGCUCCGACUUCAGCGCAUACUCAGCCUUAUCCACGCACAACCGGGUCCUCUCAUUCACGUAUCGCGGACACGGACUCAGCUCAGCAACGAAGCCGUAUACAUUCCAGCAAAUCGUGAACGACAUCGAGGGUCUGCGGGUGCAUUUCACCGGGAGAAAUAAGAAAGUCGUCAUAAUCGGGGGCAGUUUCGGCGGGUUCCUGGCGCUGCAGUACGCGGUGACUUAUCCGGAUAAUGUCUCGCAUUUGGUGUUGAGGGGGACGGCGGCGAGUUGGCAUCAUGAAGCGGAGGCGAUUAGAACGCUGGAAACUCGGCUGCACCGCUCACCGGGGAUGAGCGUUUCCAUGCUCAGGGACAAGAUCUUUGGAUCGUUCGAGAGUAAUGAGGAAUUCCGCCUCGUUAUGCACGCUGCUGCGCCUUUGUAUGCGGAACCGGAGAAUUUCGAUGCGGAUCGCGCGCUGAAGAGGAGUUUGGAAACGGUGUUUAAUGCCGAAGCACAUAAUGAUCUGUACUCUGCCUCGGAGAAGUUCUUCGACUACAGGGAUCAGCUGAAGAAUAUCACGGCCAAGACGCUGGUCAUUGUGGGAGAGAAUGACUGGAUCUGUCCAGCAGAGCAGUCGAGGAUUAUUGCAGAUGGGAUUCAGGGUGCAAGGCUGGUGAUUGUCCCGGGGGCGAACCAUAGUGUGCAUUUGGAGAAGAAUGACAUUGUGCUGGCGGCUGUGAGGGAGCUGCUGACUAGCAGGUCCUCGCAGUAA